AUGUCUCUCAGCAAUACCUCCGUUACAAACAGAUUUCUGGGUAUGGAGGAUAAUCCCUCAGUUGGGCAAACUAAAUCGCCAGCUACAUCUUCUGGAGUUGAAGAAAUUCAUCCUGAUAGACCAGAUGCAGAAGAAAUCGAGUGUGGUAGUGCCAGAACAUCAGAGAAAGUGCAAAUGGAUGGUGAUGAUGAGUCAGUUUCGGGGAUGGAGUUUAAUUCCUUAGAAUAUUUAAUGAGUUAUUAUAAGAAAUAUGGUAAGAAACGCAGGUUUGGGGUGAUAACAAAAAGGAGUGAGAUGGGAGAGGAUCAGACUGUUAGAUAUGUCACCUUUGCCUGUACCAGUGGAGGGAAGGCCUGGAAUAGGACUAUAAAUGUCGCCAACCCACAUCCGACAGGAAAGACAGAAUGCAAGGCAAAAAUUAAUACCUUAAAAGUUGCUAAUGGAAAGUUUCGGCUGACUACAGUUCACAAUAUCCACAACCACGGCCUCAGUCCAAAGAAAUCUCACUUCUUUCAAUGUAAUAGAGAAGUGAGUGAAUCUAUUAAAAGGGUCCUAGAUACGAAUGAUUUGGCCGGCAUCCGAAUGAAUAAGAGUUUCGGGUCUCUUGUUGUUGGCGUGGGAGGUUUUGAGAACCUCCCGUUUUUGGAAAAUGAUUGUCGUAACUAUAUCGACAAGGCACGACAUCUACGAUUGAGCGCAGGUGGUGCUGGAGCGCUUCGAGACUACUUUUUACGGAUGCAGUUUAAAAAUCCGGGAUUCUUUGCACUAAUGGACUUGGAUGAUGAAGGGAGGUUGAAAAAUAUAUUCUGGGCAGACUCCCGUAGUAGAGCAGCCUACCAAUAUUUCGGAGAUGUCAUAAUCUUCAACACCACAUACUUGACAAACCGAUAUGGGAUACCCUUUGCACCAUUUGUUGGUGUAAACCACCAUGGGCAAUUAAUUUUGUUGGGAGCUAGCUUGAUUUCCUCUGAGGAUACUAAGACCUUCAUGUGGUUAUUCCAAACAUGGUUGCAGUGUAUGGAUGGUAUAGCGCCAAAGGCUAUUAUCACUGACCAAGACAGAGCCAUGAAAAAUGCAAUUGCAAUAGUUUUCCCAGAAAGCCGACAUAGAUUUUGCCUUUGGCAUAUUUUGAAGAAAGUCCCUGAAAAGUUUGGCUGUUAUGGUUCUUACAAAACUGGAAUGAAAACUGCAUUGAUGAAAUGUGUAUAUGAUACCCAAACGCCAGAUGAGUUUGAAAAAUGUUGGGAUCAGUUGAUUAGCACGUACAGCUUGCAUGAGAAUGUCUGGUUGCAGAGUUUAUACACUGAGCGUGAGCAUUGGGUACCGGCAUUUUUGAAGAAUGUUUUUUGGGCUGGAAUGAGUACAACACAGCACAGCAAGAGCAUAAAUGCCUUCUUUGAUGGUUAUGUUCAUGCUAAGAUAAAUUUGAAAGAGUUUGUCGAUCAAUAUGAUAAUGCCUUGAAAAAGAAGAUUGAGAACGAAAAUGCCGCGGACUUCCAAUCAUUUAAUGUCACAAUUCCCUACAUCUCUAGAUUUCCAAUUGAAAAGAUAUAUCAAGAUUUGUACACAAAUGCUAAAUUCAGGAAAGUUCAACAGCAACUUACCGACAUUAUCAACUUGGACCCAGUUUUACUUAAGGCGGAAGCUACAGUCAAGACCUAUCUAGUAAAGGAUGAAGUUCAUGUCGAAGAUUUCACUAAGCUGGUUACACAUUCAGUGGAUUUUAGUGAGGACGAUGCAGUCGCCAAGUGUACUUGUAGUUUAUUUGAAAUGAGGGGGAUAGUGUGCCGCACAUCUUCACUAUCUUCAAAUGUAACAGAAUUAAGACAAUACCAGAUAGGUACAUUUUGGAUCGAUGGAUGA